AUGGAGUCGGUCCAAAAAGGCUACCAAAAAAUACAGGAAGUAUCGCAAAGGGUGACGGAGAACGAGAAAGUCCAGCAGAGCGUGGAAUGGGCGAAGAAGCGAGCUUCGGAGAUCGCCGAGUCUGAGCGUGUGCAGAAGGGGCUCGAGGUCGCCAAGGACACCGGCAAAGUGGUGAUGGAGAAAACGCAGCAGGGACUCGAAGCCGUGAAGGAGAAAACAAGGGAAUUGCGUGCGGGAGCUGGCACUGUAUGGGAGAAAGGCCGAGGCAGCAUCCAACGAAUUCGGACAGAGGGAGUGAGUGCAGUGGCUUGGCGGGGUUCCGCCAGAGAUACCUUGGACAUCGCCGCCAGGGAGGAGCAGUGGAAGGACAUCAAGGUCCAAGGCGCUGAGGAGCUUUUGGUGCCGGCGCGGACGGAGCACACCUGUGCUUAUCACGUGUCCAAGGGCAGUACACUUCGGUGGACUUUCCGCGUUAAGGAUUACGACAUUGGCUUUGCAGUCAGGAUGCGCGUUCAAGUCUGGGGAGGAGCGCAGGAAGAAGAGGUUUUGGCAGUGGAGCGAUAUGACAACAAGGACACCAUCUCUGGCAGUUGGGUGGCAGACGAGGACCGAACAAUGAUCCUGGCGUUUGACAACAGAUUCAGUAAGCUGCGCUCAAAGACGGUGGCGUACCUUGUUGGGACCGAGAAGCCUCCUUCCUUCGUGGAGGAGCCCCAGCCCCCGGCAGCCCAAGCGGAACAACCGGAACAACCGGAACAACCGGUGGUGUAG